AUGUCUCUACUAUCUUUUGAACUGAAUGACGAUGCAUAUGAUCUUGCAAGCGAUAUCGAUGGAAUGAUUCAAGUUGCAUCCGAUGAGCAUUCCACCACAUCGCUCAUACUUGUCAAUCUGGUGGCCCGCCGAAUCCGCGAGUUCCAAGACAAUGAUGAUGAUUUCACGGGCUCUGGGACUGCUCCAGCAGAUCUCCUGGCAAGUCUUUGCUCAAAUGAUACCGACGACGUUAGUCACGAAUUCCUACGGGGUGAAGCCAAUUCCAUGGACCUUGCGACCAUGCCUGACGAUUUGUUGCUUCUGGUUCUCCCUAUGCUGCUGCAUAUUGAUACAAAACUCCCAAUCCCCGAGGACCUUCAUGCUCUGCAUGAAUUUGCCGAAGCGUCGUCAAAGCACCGGGAGCAUGUGGAAACAUGGUUGAGAUCUGAUCCGGCCCAAAGCACACUUGAACAAGUUUUCAAGCCAUGGAUGAACUACUACAGCUUCAAAUCCGCGUACCAAUGCAGAAACGAGACUGCGGCUCAGAAAGCUAGCCGAGGUGGUGCUGGGUUUAACUAUACGUAUGAUUUCGUGAAAGAAUGCCAGUGCACAAACUGUCUCCCACUUCUCAGCAAUCUUUGGUUGGUUGAUUUCAGGAACUACGACCAAAAUGGGAGGAGCUUCCUCCAUGCAGCCGUUGAGGGUGGAGAUGUCGAAUGUGUGAUGUUCAUUGUCGCUGUCUUGCUGAAAGGAGGCUUGGAUCCUCGGCACUUUCCUACGUCUAUCGACGGGAUGUCUAAUCCUCACCAUGUCGCUUUGAUGCACGACAAUGAUGUCUUCAGAGGGAUCGUUGAAUUUCUAGAGGAUGCUGGCUACCCUUUAUCUGUUUGGAACGAUGAUGGCCUCAAGCUCGAACUGUGCAGCUUCAUCACUGCUGAUAUGGCCGAACGCCUCCUGUCGAAAGGAUUUAACAUCACCAAGCUCCCCAGAGAUACACUUCCGAUGUAUCUGCCAAAUGACGAUGACCCCAAUUACGACUCCGGCGAGGAGUGGAACCGCGAUGCAGAAUAUGGUGAUCCUAUCAUCUGGGACGAAGACUUCGACCCCGACAAUGACAAGCUCGACCCAAAAUCAAUUUAA